UGCUGUUUCUUAGGUGUUCGUACAGUGACACGUAUAGUUAGAGUGCUGAUCCGGAUUUAUUGUUUAAAUCACGGGUCUGGUUACUGUGUAAUUUUAAUCAGUUUGCAGUCGUAGUCACACUUACCGUGGAGACCUGGAGACGUGACAUGAGGAAACGUGAGCAGGCCGGGAAGGAUCCCGGGACUUUCCUGACUGCAGCUGGCCGGAGCUCUGCGGGCUGCUGACGGACUCACGGCGCUCCGUCGUUUGGAACAAACGCACAAAACAAAACGGCGGUAAUGCGGAGAAGGACGGCCGAAGUGUGAAAUCGUUUCCAGUGUUUUCAUUUCGCGAAAACCAAAGGUUUGGUUGUAUAGCAGCUAGCCUGCUAGCCGCGGUGUGACUGGCUGGUCCUACCGGCUGGUUCACGGCUUGUGUCGGGAGAGUGGAGCAUCUCGCCGGUGCCCUGAAUUCAAGAAGGCUCCCCGGCUCCGGCCCCCUCAAGCGGGCAGUCAGGAAGAAAUUGGUCGGGAAGGGAUGGCCUGGUCGCUCUUCCCGUUCCAAAGGACAAAGCGCUGCGGUGUUUGAAGGAAGUCGGGUCUGGAUAGAACCCACCGCCCCGGCUCCUGGCGGGAUGAUGGCCGCGGCGCACUCCGCCACCGGCGGCUUCUCGGCCUCCGGACUGCCGCUCAGAAAGAGUGAGGAGAUAGCGGAUUUGAUAGAUCUGUUUUCCAAGACGCAGUACAGAGCAAAAGAAGUUACUCCUCGGGUGGAGGCAAUUGAGAAUCGAUGUCUGGAGUUGUUUGCCAGAGAUUACAAGUACAGUGUCAUCCAAAACUCCAAUGGAGAAGUAUGUGGACAUUACCCCCGACAGAUCGUUUACCUGGAGUAUGAAUGUAGAGAUUUUGAAAGAGACAGGUUUGAGAGCACCGUGCAGAUCAGUAAGCUGCAGGAUCUGGUGAACCGGAGUAAGCUGGCUCGUUGCCGAGGGAGGUUCGUCUGUCCUGUCAUCCUCUACAAAGGCAAGCAUAUUUGCAGGUCGUCCACUCUGGCUGGCUGGGGGGAGCUCUAUGGACGCACAGGGUACAACUACAUCUUCUCUGGGGGCAGUGAUGACACAUGGACGGAGACGGAGGAGGUUCCAGAGGAUGAAAAUGCUGUCAGGAACGGGGACUCUCAGCUCUUUGACAAGGUUCGAGGCCAUGACAUUAAGUUGCUACGUUACCUCUCGGUUCGGUACAUCUGUGACCUGAUGGUGGAGAACAAGAAGGUCAAGUUUGGCUUGAAUGUGACGUCUUCUGAGAAGGUGGACAAAGCCCAACGCUAUGCAGACUUCACCUUGCUCUCUGUGCCUUAUCCAGGAUGCGAGUUUUUUAAGGAUUACAAAGACAGAGACUACACAGCUGAGGGACUGGUCUUCAACUGGAAACAGGACUAUGUGGAUGCUCCUUUGACAAUCCCUGUUUGUUUUACCCAGAACUUGAACAUUGACUGGAGUCAGUACCAGUCAUGGGACCUGGUGGAGCAGACCCAGAACUACCUGAAGCUGCUGCUGCACAUCAUCAACAGUGAUGAUGAGAGCGGCCUCCUUGUGCACUGCAUAUCCGGUUGGGAUCGAACUCCCUUGUUUGUGUCCUUACUCAGACUCUCACUGUGGGCAGAUGGAGCUGCACACGGGAGCCUGGAGCCAGCUGAGAUCCUGUAUCUGACCAUCACUUAUGACUGGUUCCUCUUCGGUCACAUGCUGCCAGAUAGACUCUCCAAAGGGGAGGAGAUUUUCUUUUUUUGCUUCAAUUUUUUGAAGCACAUUGUAUCAGAUAAAUUCUCUGCUGUCAGGAAACAGAGAAGGAAAAACUCCCACAUUAAAGAUGGUGAUUUCACUGUGGAAGACCUCUGCCAGUUAAAAUCAAAGGAUCGCGGCAGUGUGACCAGUCUGAGCAGUGAUUUCUCCCUUAUCACAGAGGAGGUGUGCAGCGCCUCCAGCCUCGCCAGCGACACCACGGACCCUCUCUCCAUCCAGCCCCAGGCCUCCAGCUGGAAAAAAGGGCGCACCUCCUCUCCACAGAUGGUGGCUUGGAUUAAGCCAAGCAAUGUGGAUGAGCAUGUCUUCCACCCACUGACUGAGGGCAAGUCUUCCAGCUCCUCCUCUUCCAACCAAUCAGACCAGGGUGUCACACGCAUUGGCAGCAGCCCAUUGGCUGUCCCUGCCAGAAGAUUAGCCGCAGACUGCAGUCGUUCAGGUUCCUCCCUCUCUACAGACUACGGCAGUUGGCAGAUUGUUUCUGGUUGUGGCAGCAUCCAUGAUCAUACACACUUCCCUCCAUCCAUCCUGCCAGCCUCUUCCGCGUCGUCUGCUGCCGCUGCCCACGACUUGCCACUACCCUUCAGCUUUCAAGACGAAGGACCCAACGGGCGACUGUGUCCCUCCCCGUCAGAGCGUCAGGUCCGUCUGGAGGCAGUGCGGGAAGUCUUCCUGGCUGCUUACAGCUCCACUGUAGGCCUCAAGUCCUCAGCGCCCAGUCCCUCUGGGGCCAUCUCUGGCUUAUUGGAACAGUUUGCUCGUGGGGUUGGCCUGCGGAGCGCCAACGCCAUUGUGUGAACCCGUCUCAGUGUAAGCUGGACCUCUUCCAUCCACCCACAGUCCCCCAGGGGUGUCUUGAGGAGGCAGAACCGUCCGCUCAGCCUUCAGCUCCAACAGAGAAGAUUCAGCAUGUCUGGACUCAGUACAAUAAAGUGCCAAAAAUCUUAGUUCACACCAGGAGUGAAGCAUUAAUUUAAACUUAUUUCUCUUUGGUUUUCUAACCAGCUUUUAAUUAUUUUGCCUCUUGCUUCACCUGCACCAGGUUCAGAGAGAAACAGAUUCAAACUCUAAAAGGGAUCCUGUGUCAUUUUUUGGUUUGAUUAAAAGGAAACUGCUGAGAAUGUGCACUUUGUACCUGUUACAGGCAGAACAUGAACAGUUCUUCCUUUACAUUUUAAUUUACACCUCGUGGUUUUGCUACGUGUGAGUGAUGUGGGUCUCAUUCUGCUGAUUUCUUGUUCUUAUUAGUCCAAGCAGAAGAUUAAUUCUGUAGUUCAAGGGGGUGAAAUCAACACUGAAAGACGACUGAUCUUCAGUUAGGCCCGGUACAAGUACACUUUAGUGUUACUCAAAUCAUAUUUGAUCUUCAUCUCUAUCAAUUAUUUUUCAUCAUGAGAAACCGUCUUCCAUCCCCUGAAAGGCCUCAUGCGGCUCAGCUUCGGUUAUUUCCUAUCAGAAGCUCUGACGUCAGUAAGUCCACAUCUUCUCUUCACCAGAGCAGCAGCUGUUCUGUGAUCACACUCAGCUGUUCUCCUUAAACCCCUUAAGGCGUCUGGGCCCAUGCUUCCUGCUAUUGCGGUGCUAUCUGCACUGCUAUGGUGACAUGUACAUUCUUUAAUGUUUUUUUCCUUUGUUCAGAUCAAAUCCAUGUGAACAUUUAUGUCUGAGUUACCCUCAGAUUGAUCUGUAAGUUAUUUUGUGUUGAAUUUUGCAAGCGGUAUUGACAGCUGUUGUACCUCAGGACCUUUUGUUGUGCCUUUUCUCCUUCUUCAAAAACGGUGUGGCAGACCUUUCUGGUUAUCUGAUGAAAGAUCUGCAGAACUUCAGUGUUAGCUUUGCGAUCAGGAUGACCACCAAGCCACCGUCCACCUCACGUACUGUCUCAUCUUACAUCCUUAAGAUUAUGCUGCUGAGUUUGGAGAUUCAUGUAAGAAAUUUUCAAUGAAAUUCACGCGAUUGGCAAAGGUAGCCGAAGACUGUCACAGAUAUCAGUUUUCCAACUGUUAAGUCAUGGUAAACGUGGCUGUUGAUGUCCACAACUUGGUGUUUGCAGAUAGCAGCAGUCUCCUGUAGGAAUAGAACAUUUCUUAGUCCCAGUCUGCUGUGUUAAGGGUCCUAUUAUUAACUUUAGUGAGGUGAAAAUAUGAUGAAAAGCAAAACAGUGCUGCUGUUAUUAACUAAUUAAUUUAGAUUUCCAAUUCCCUGAGAAACAUGAGGUCCAUUGCUAGUUUCUAACCAACAGUUUAAUUUUCAUGCUAGUGAGAAGAUAACGUCAAAUGCAGGUUUUUUUUCUUCUACUCAGAUACUCCACAGAAGCGGGUUCAUGACGCAUGCACUCUACUCAUACACACAAGGAUGACCAUCAAAUAGUACAAUGAA